UGGUCCUGGGAUUGGGAAAUGGCGGUCUGUCCUUGGGGUAGGAGUUAGGAACGCGGUCAGGUCGCUUCCUGUGGUUUUAGGGUCUUUUCAGAGGCGUUUGCAAAGCGGGAGGUGCGUUGUCGGGAGUCAGGGCCUCUGAUGGCUGUUCACAGGUGGGUUACCUCCACCCCGUAGGUUUUCAGUCUGUUGAGAAGAGGCGCGGAGGUGAGGUUGGCAGAAAAAGAUGAAUGAUCUGAAAAAAUAAAAGAUCUGAGCUCAAUAUGAAGACAAGGCCUUCUAGUGCUUAAGAAAUAGAUGGAAAUGUCAGAAGAUGAUAUUAACACAGAAGAAUACCCCACUGAAAUUCAUGAUUAUCUUGCAGCAUUUGAAAAAUCUCUUGGUUCUGUAGAUGAGAUGCUGAAGACAAUGAUGUCAGUUUCCAGGAGCGAGCUUCUCCAAAAGUUAGAGCCUCUUGAGCAAGCAAAGCUGGAUUUGGUUUCGGUGUACACGUUAAAUUCAAUGUUCUGGGUAUACUUGGCUACUCAGGGAAUCAAUCCAAAGGAACAUCCAGUGAAACAAGAACUGGAGAGAAUAAGAACAUACAUGAACAAGGUCAAAGAAAUAGCAGACAAGAAAAAGGCAUCCAAACUCGAUAAAGGAGCUGCUUCUAGAUUUGUAAGAAAUGCACUCUGGGAACCAAAUGCUGAAAAUGAACAUACUUCCAAAACUCCAGCUAAAGGAAAAAAGAGAAAGAUGGACUAAAUGUUUGUUUCCCAUUAUAUAAAUCAGAGAUAUCUAGAACUUAUUUUGAAAUGUGUUUUGCAUACUGCGUGCAUCUUGCAGAGGUGCUGUAUAGCAACAUCUUGAUUAAGUUAUACUUAAGAAUUUUACAGGAUUGUAUUUUGUCCAGAACACUUGUCACUGAGGUGAUCGCAUUGUAUGUGUAUCUGAAAGUGCCAUUUGAUGUGAGAGAAGUAACGUUUCAUUAUUCAAAUGAUAAUGACCUGACCUACACUUGCUGGUAAUAGAUACUGGUGAUGUUUUGCUCAUAAUGCCUAAGUUUCAUUUUUUUUACUGCUGAAUGAUGGACACUUUUUUAUACAUCCUUAAUCUCCUGAAUAUUAAAAAGUCUCAAACAAUGCUAUCCAGUCUGUGGUGUUUAUGAAAGAGCCAUCUUUACUUUCUCAUUACAUCACUGUGUGAAAUGCUGUAUUUGUACAGUUUUGUAAGGUUUAUUCACUGUGUUAAACUCUUUCCUCUUCAGCUUCUGAACUUGAGCACAUGCCAUAUUCCCUUACUCUAUUGCCUCUGAGAAAACUGAGAUGCAAGGGCCACAAGCAAACAGCCUGGAUUCCACUCUAAGCCACUGUGUCUAGUCAAUGGAAAAAAUAGAUAUCCCCAAAGGGGCAAUUUGUAGGGUCUGCAAAAAGGAGCAGGCUGGGGACAGCUAUUAGGAAACACCACAUGCAGGAACUUGAUUGGAAUUUUGGCUGCAGUGCUCAUCCCUUACUGCUGACACUGUGAGAGAGAGAAAUGUGCUCUCAGGUGGUAGGAGUGUGGUCAUCCAUUGCUGUUUCUCAAAUCUUUAUUAGGGAAAGUACAAUAAAAACUACUUCUCUGUCUUACAAAUAUUCUGUUUGUUUUCCUCAGAAUGUGAAGCUUAGUCAUUUAGGAGAGGAGGUGUGUUUGUUUCUUUAGAAGAACCUCACUAGUUCAUUUUUCAAUACGUUGCAAACCAAAACUCAAUUAUCUGCCCAAGAGCUAUUUAACAAUUAGCAGUAACUUCACUACUUAUGAAGCAAUAAUAAACACUUUGGUUCACCAAAAUGCAGUUUGGGUAGCAGUCUACAAAACUGGUUGGAAAAUAUUGUUAGUGUGACAGACUAAAUGAUAAAAACAAAUGAAUCCAGUAUACCUAUAGUACUGCAAGCUGAAUGAUGUACAGUGGAUGGUUACUGUCCUUACAGAGUUGUACUGCAUCAUGCAAUGCAGAAUAUGGACUAAAUUGAAUUAGGUGCUAAAAUGAAGGUUCUCUGGCCACUGACUAUCUAAAAAUAUAUAUUUGAAAGUAAAAGUUCGAUACAUUGACAAGUUGAUUAAGGGCAAGUAAUUGUUGCAUUAUCUCUAGAAACUUUUUCAGUGACUGGUAUGAAUUUACACAUUUUUGUUUAUGAUAAACUCUUUAAAUAAAUAGUGAUUCCUUUAAUCCAACUAACAAGAGAACUUGCUCGUGUAUAUGCUCAUGUAGGUGCCUCAGAUCUACAGGACUGGUCAUGUGAGUAUGCACGUGAAAGGCCAGCUGAAAGCUAAAAUGAGAAUGAUUUAUUUCUAUAGGUUAAUGUCAUGGUUAUGCCAAAUGAAAGAGCUGUUGGACUCGGGAGUCUUUUUUGUCCAAUUAAGGUUAAAAAUGCAAAACACCCGAAGUGUGUUCUUGGCCAAAGAUAGCAAUGCUUGUGUAAAGUAGUUCUUCUUUUGGUGGGCUCAGCAGGUUUGGAUGGAGUUUAUUUGGAAGUCUGUGUGUCCUGUCUUGUACCCCUUUCAACCUGAAACUGCAAAUGACAGCUGUAGACUGUUAUAAACAGAGUUCUGGACUUUGUGUGGAUGUAGAGGUCUGCAUGUGCAAAGCAUGAGGUUCAAAAUGUUAAUCUCAAAACCAUCAAUUUAAAAAAAGAAAAAAGGCCGGGUGUCCUAUGAACUAGUUGGGAAGAAAAUAGGAUAGAAGCGGUCUAAAGUGGCACAAGCCAGAGCACUUUAAUAUAGAGAUUUUCUGAGAGAUAACAUCUUGUACUUUUGAGAGGCAUUGUCUUGAGGAAAUGAGUAGCUCAGCUUGUAUUUACGCACUGUGCUGUUAAUUAGAAGGGGAUUGAAGGACAUUUCCAUUACAUGAUUUUCCUCUUAAGCUUCAAUUAUAGCUUUUGUUUUAAAAGGAUAAUUUCUGAAAAGGAUCAUAAUUCAGUGUCCGGUAAAGUACACAGGUUUCACUGGUAAAUGUUUAAACAAGAAUAAUGCAAGGCUAUUAGCUAAGACUGACUGAGGUAGAAGUGCAUCUGGUAUAAUUAAUUAUAUACAGGUAUUUGGCAUUUGUAAUAGGGUAGUUCAAAUAGAUGUAACAAAUUCAACUUUGUAAACUUUUUUUAAGGCUUGUAUCAUUCAGUAUGGCUGUUCACAGCCUGGAUUUGUGGCUUUUCUUUUCUAACACAAAGAAAACAACCCAGACAAAUGCCCCACAAGCCAAGAAGUGUCACCAUGUGCUUGUUGUUCACUAACGGCCUUUUUAGAAAGAGACUUGAAAUACAAGAUCAUGAAUGCUAAGUGUUUUUGGACUGAAGAACACUGAAGUGUUCUUGGAACAUCUAGACUUCAGGAUGGGUAUUUAACUUUACUGAGGUCUCAAAUGUGAAAUGACUUGACUGAACAUUGUGAAAGUUCCUCCCUGGAAAAGCUACAUGACUAUUGGAAUAAAAGCCCCCAACUUUCCUGCUUCAAAAUAGGAGCUGACAAGAAGAACAUUUAUUGCGGUGGCUGUGUGCAUAAAUCUGUAUGAGCUAUGGUUUGUAGAAUGGUUCUACAGGGCCUGAAAGGGAAGGAAAACAUCUGGGCGACUUCUAGUCCCAUUGUUGUAUGUGCUGAAUAUGGUGCAAAAAUACCAAUUCUGCAUUAGUUAAUGCCAAUAUAAUGCAAAGAAUUGCUAUUAUAAUAGCA